AUGAAGAACGACACAACUGUCUCAAAGUCUGUUCGUGAUAUUUUAGACUACUUGCUUCAUUUGGGUCCUACAGGAUUUGACCCAUAUACAACUCAAUGUCAAGUACCAUUCAUAAACGACUCAGCAGAAAUAAAACUCAAAACGUCAACAGUAGAUGAAGCAAUUGCUGACUCAUUGACAAAACUUCUUGAUAUAAUAAUGAGGUUCAAUACAUUCAAAACAACAUAUGAAACCUUUAAGAAAAAUUAUGACGAUUUCUUUAAAAUUACAUACAUCGAGCCUUCUGCUCCUCAAACACCAGACUAUGCAUGCCUUAAAAUAAAGGCUGCACGGACACAAGUUAGAACAUUGACUUUUGACGGAGAUAAUAUCGUUAGAGACGUUACACCUGGAGACACAUUACUUACGAAAGAAUACUUAAAAAGUCAUAUCAGUGAUUUUGUGAAAGUAGAACAAAGUGGAGCAGGUAAGAGUUGGUUAG